AUGUCCCACGCACAAACACGAAUUUGCCGGUCCAUUCUAGCCGAGCACUUUGGUCCUCUUGUCGAGAAAGUAUGCACUGUACUCCUUCAAAGAGGUCGUAGCAACAUGUCGGUCCUUGUUCGAGCCACUGACAUGCCGCCCCGGCAAAUACGAGAAAGCUUGUUUGUCCUCAUUCAACACAACAUUGUGACAUACGCGGAAGUUCCAGAAGGCACCCGCAUGGUUGUUUAUUAUCAAGCGGACGUCCGCAACAUCAUACUGAGAGACCGGUUUCCUUUGUAUAUCCGGACUGUUCAGGCAAGAUUUGGGGAGGAGAGCGAGAGAAUUCUUCGCGAAGUCUUGCGACACGGACGUAUCAGUUACCUCUUCCUUUCUCAAUCCAAAGCUACGAAACUCUCACGAGAACAGCUGAUAAAUUGGUUUGUUCGGUUGGUGGACGAAAAGGUUUUAGUGGAAUGCACGCACGACGACAGCCUUUCGAUCGAUGACAAGAGGAUGCAGGAGGAAGCGACAGAGGUCGCCAAGCGAGGUGGUCUUCCCUUAACUGCCACGGAAAUGACAAAAUUACGUCGAGACCUGGCGCAGAAGCGAGAGGUCUUGUAUGAUGAUACCCAAGACACUGGAACCAAAAGGAAGAUUGUACGCGAUCUCGAAGAAGUUGCACAUACGAAGUUUCAAAAGUUUGCGAACGAUGAUGGGGAGGAGCCCAUCGAUGGUACUAAAUAUUACCGAACAAAUUAUGAUCGGCUGCAUGUAUAUUUACGGAAUGAGGAAGUUGCUAAAGUUGCUGAGCAGCGAAUAAACAAAGGAGCGGGAGAAGUAGUUCGCAAGCUGCUGGCUUCCUGCGAACACAAAAUGCGUAGAUGCAAAGGAGAAUGGAAGUCGGACGCCGUCAGUCAGAUAAUGUUGGCUUCGACAUUGGAUCCCCAAAUUCCCCUGGCAGUCGACGACAGCAGCGCCAAUCCAGUGGUAGACUACUUGGAAGCCUUGGCGCAGGACGAUACUCGUCUCGUCUCUAAGGAGUCGGAGGGAGGGGGAGGACAGUAUGCUGUUAACUUGAAAAGAGCAGGAGAGGAAUUGAAAGCCAGGUUGAUGGAGUCAAUCGUCCAGGAAAAGUUUGGGGACGCGGCCCGACGGAUAUGGAGAAUUCUCCUAAUGAUGAAUAAAUUAAAUGAGAUGCAGAUUGCGAAGUUUGCCCUUAUACCCGUUAAAGAAGCGCGACAUUAUUUAUAUGCUAUGCUCAACUCUGGUUUGGCGUUUAUUCAGGACGUUCCCAAGACGUUGGACCAUUCCGCCGCCCGAACAUUCUUCCUUUGGUACGUUUCCGUACCACGGAGCACCACCAUAAUGAUUGAAUCCGCCUACCGAACGCUUGGCAAUCUUAAACAACGAAGAACGAAGGAAGUCGCUGCACGUGCUCGCUUAAUUGACAAGAUGCAGCGGCUAGACGUAAUCUCUGGAGAGGCUAGAUUGAGUGAAGGGGAGUUGAAAGCAGUGGCCCAGCUGAAUCAAGUUGUAGGGCAGUUGAUAUGCACUGAAGUUAGAAUGUCCCAAUUCCUCAUGAUUUUGCAGGAAUUUUGA